AUGGGCAUCUCACUUUUCAACUCCAAUGCCGAUGAUAAGGUCUUUAUCCCAGUAUCCAGCAAAGCCAACUGCCACUAUACCAAUGGUGAUCAUAGCAAGGGCCAUGGUGAAGCAGUCCAAGUCCCCGUUCUCAUCAUCGGAGGCGGUCCAAGCGGCCUCUUACAAGCCUACCUCUUAUCCCAACUAGGCGUAAAGUCUCUUAUCGUCGAGCGCUACCCAGAGAGACUCGGGGCUCCGAAAGCUCAUGCUCUGAGUCCCAGAUCACUCGAGAUAUGUCGACAGUUUGGUCUGGACACAGAUCACAUCAGAAGCCUGGGCACACCAAGGGACGAUGCAUACUGGGUCAACUUUCUCACAACGCUAUCCGGUCAAGUCCUGGGACGGCUUCCGUACGAGCGCAUGGAUAAAGAGGUUCUUGACUUUACACCUGAGAUGAUCCACAAUAUUCCUCAGCCUGAUUUUGAGCAAUAUCUCGCUGACAAGUUGUCGUCUGAAGACCUUGUUGACAUCCGGAAGGGAGUUUCGUUUGUUUCCUUGUCCCAGACUCAAGACUCAGUCACGACUAUCGUUGAGGAACGUGCCACUGGUCAACUAUAUAGGGUCAGCUCAAAGUACGUGAUUGCGUGCGAUGGAGCCAAGAGUAAAGUUCGUCAGUAUGUGGGCAUCGAGAGCGACGGCGAGGACUCAUACGAGACCAUGAUGACGAUUCAUUUCAGUGCUAACCUGCGUGAAGUUGUCGGUGAUCGUGUGGGUAUGCUUCACUGGCUAUUCGAUCCGCUUGCAUCUGGCUUCAUCAUAGCCUACAAUCUUGAAGGAAACGCCGUUCUCAUCACCAAUUUUGACUCUGACAAGUACCCUGUUGAAGAGUGGAAUGAACAACUUUGCCACGAGGUACUCAAAGGAGCUAUCGGCAAGGACACAGAUUCCAAGGUACUGAGCUAUCGCCCUUGGAUCCUUAGUCGAAAGGUAGCAAACACAUACAUUCAAGGGAAUGUGUUUCUCGCGGGGGAUGCAGCUCACUCGUUUCCACCAACAGGCGGCCUGGGUCUCAACUCGGGUCUCGCAGAUGUUCAUAACCUUGCUUUCAAAAUUGCCCAUGCCCUAAACAAUCCUACCAGUAAUGUCAUGCUGGAAUCAUACACCGAAGAGCGCAGGCAGAUUGCCGAGGUAAACUCACGACAGAGUGUCAAGAACGGGCAAAAGAUCUUUGGCCUCUUGAAAGCUCUCGGAACAGCGGGCAUAUCUGAUAUCAACGAAGGUCGAAAGAAUCUACUGAAAGCUAUCAAUGAUCCGGAAAAAAUGAAAGAGGUCGAUGCUGGAGUCGAAGACCAGAGAGAGCAUUUCGAUAACCUCAACUUACAUAUCGGUUAUGUCUAUGGUGAUACAGAGUUUCCUGCUCAUGCAUCACACUUCAAGCCAGCCUUUCGACCAGGAGCAAGAAUACCGCAUGCAUGGUUACGAGGCUCACUGCCAUCCUCAUUGCCGCAGUUGAAGCCCGUCAAUCUCAGAUAUGUCAAAGAGUUGGGUGUCAAGGAUGUCGAAGAACGACGGUACAGCACUCUAGAUCUCUGCGCACCUGAUGCGUGGACGCUUUUGCUGCCUGCGAACGACGAUAAGGUACAUGCAGCUUCUUGCAUCAUUACUGAGAGUCACAAGAAUACCAAGUUCAAUAGUCUUAGGCUGCGCAAAGACUUUGAUGUAGUGACAGGAGCUGCGAAAUGGGAUUGGUUGAGCGAGUCUGGUUUAACUCUAGGACGUGCUUUGUUGGUUCGACCCGAUCAACAUAUAUUUGGGUCUUUCAGGACGGAGGGUGAGGUGAAGGCGGUGGGUCAGAAGCUGAGCAAUUUCUUAGGGGCUUGA